CGGUAAUGUCACAGAAAAAAAAUAACGAAAACGAAACUAUAUCAGACUGUCAGAUUUAAAGGCGUAAAAUGAGAAUAUCAUUAGAUAAUUUUGAAAUUCGUCAAAUAUGGAUUUGUACGUAAAUUUUGUUCAAUACACAAUUAUUCUAGUUAUAAUAUGUUCCCAAGUGACUUCACAAUGUAUACAAAAUAGUCCUUGCUCGUGUUCUCUACCUGACGGUUCUGGAUACGAUUUUUCUAGUCUAUCAAAACAAGGACCAUUACAACUUAGUUUUGACAAUCGGUCAUUCUGGUUUCAACCAUGUAAGGAUGUUUCCCUGUCGAAUGUGACAAUUGACGAUGGAUGUCAAAGUCCAGUAUCUCUGUGCAGCUGGAAUAAAAAUGAUCCCUCGCAAAAGGGGCCGAUGAGUUUAGGAACUGUUGCUGAAAGUAAAUUGGAAUUGGAAACAAAUUAUGAAAAAAUUCUUAUGCUGGUGUUCAGACACAAGCAAAAUAUAACGAAUAUCAAUUUAAUAUGCUGCUCCAGUUGUUCUACGGCACUUAAGCCUGAUGUUCAAUCACAGAAUUCUUCAAUUACCAAUUUGAUAUUGUUCUCGCCACAUUUAUGUAAACAUGAGAGCGAAGGUUUGUCCGGUGGUUCGGUAUUUUUUAUACUCUUGCUAGUAUUUGGUGGAAUUUAUUUUAUCGGUGGCGCUCUUGCCUUGAAAUUCCUACGAGGAGCAACUGGUUGGGAAAUGUUGCCAAAUCAUGAAUUUUGGUGUACAUUAGGACGACAAUUCAAAAUUGGAUGUAUGUUUCUUUGUAGCGGUUGCAAAGAAGACAGUUACGAGAGGAUUUAAUUUCAUCUCUGUUGAUUAAUUCUAAUCAUUAGUAUACCAUAUACUUAAGAUGUGAAAAAAUAUAUG